AUGGCGCCGAACGGCGCCGUCGGGCGCCAGGUGGGCCGCGCGAGCACGAACAAGACUUCGCAGUCGGUCCUCGUCCUCGCCGCGGUCGGCUCGCUCCCGGAGCAACUCCAAGCCCACCUAGGCAUCGACCCGGGCGACUUCACGACCGCGCAGUCGUGUGCGUCGAAGGUGGCCCGCAUGCUGCCCCCGCACGAGCUCGAGGGCCUCCUGGCCCUGCGCGACGAGUCGUUCACGUCGUUCACAGUGGCCGCCCGCCUGGUGCUCGCCCAGAGGUUUUCCGUGCCGCAGCUGCUCGAGUUGGACUUCGGCGCGCUCGACAAGAUCGUCCAGGGGCUGCCGGAACAGAAGCAGCUCGCGCUGAUGGAGCAGGCGAUCGAGAAGGCCGUCGCGGGGAAUCAGGCCCGGAGGAAGGCCGAGGCUGCGGCGCCGGUGCCAGUCAACGGCGCGGUGCGGGCGCCUGCGCCCGUGGCGCUCGGCGGGACGCCGCCCGGGUCGCUGAACGGGUCGAGAGGGGAGGGGGAGCGCGUGCGGAGUCAGGCGGGAAGCACGGAGACGAACGGGACGACGGUCGGGGCCAACGGGCUGGAUGAAGAGCCCAGCGCGGCGCGGUUCGGGUCCCCCGUGGACGGGAGCGCGUCGCGGCCGAAGGGCAGGGGCGAGAGGGAGCGCCGGGACGCGCCCACGCUGAGCGUCGACCACGCGCAGCUCGCCACGGCGAACGGGCACCUCGCGCACCCUUCCGGGGCCGUGAGCCCGGCCGGCGCGACGUCCGGCCCCCGCGUCGCGCCAGGGAACUUCCGGCACUCCCUGGAGGACCUGUCGGACAUCGAGGGCCCCGUCCGAGAGGCCCUCGUGCGCAUGAUUGAUGAGUCCCGGCGCGACGUGCAGCGGGUCCGCGACCUCCCGCAGUCCAUCCUGCGGCGCGCGACGGACAUGGACAUGCUCCAGCGGCUCGCGAAGUGGUCGAACGGCCUCCCGCGGGUGGUCCUCAAGGCCGUUGCGGCCUGGCUGGACGGCGAGGGCGCGCACGUGCCCCUGGGCCCGCUCCUCUCGGUGCCGCCCGACGUCCUCGCCGCCGCGACGUCCCCGGGGGCCGUCGAGGCAGUCAUGAAGCCGCUCCUCGGGAUCCCCGCGAGCCUCCUCGCGGCGAUACGCACGCAGGAGCAGGCCGACGUCCUGCGGCAAAUGUGCCUCGUGGCCCCGCAGACGCUCCACGCGCUCGAACACUGGCUCGCGUCCGCGGACCAGGCCACCCAGAUCGCGCUCCUCGCGGAGAUCUGCGCGCUCCCGCGCCCGCUGCUGUUCCGCGUCGCAACGCCCCAAGACGCCUACUUCCUCUGCAACUGGUCGCGCGGGUCGCGGGCGUCCAUGGACGCCACGGCGGCGCUCCUGCAGCUCCCGCAGUACAACCCGCACGUCUCCGCGCUGCAGAAGCUCCCGCAGGGCUCGCUGUUCGCCUGCAAGUCGAAGGAAGAGGUCGGCUGGCUGCUCGACAUCCAAUCGAACCACAGGACGCUGCGGGUCCUCCCCGUCAUCGACCGCCUCCUGCACAGCAAGAAGAUCAAGCUCGAGGACGCGUGCAAGGUGCCGCUGAAGCUCGUCGAGGCCGUGUCGGGCCCGGACCAGGUCGAGGUGCUCGCGCGCAUCGGCCCCGCGCUGUCGGAGAUUUACAUCCCCAUCGAGCGGCUGUCGCCGGAGCAGACAUGGAAGAAGCUGUCCGCGGGGGAGUUCGGGGCCGUCUACGAGGCCGAGUACGCGGGGUCCGCCGUCGUCUGCAAGGUCCCGUUCAAGGUGGACGACUGGCUGGACCUGACGAUGCACGAGAUCGCGACGAUGACCAAGGUCCCGCCGCACCCGUGCGUCAUCUCCUUCUACGGCGUCAGCGCGAAGAUGCACCGCGGCGAGGUCGAGCUGAUCAUGGUGAUGAACUACGAGCCCGGCGGCAACGCGACGCAGUUCCUCAACCCCGUCAUGAUCCCCGUGAAGUGGGCCGACCGGUUCCUGCUCUGCCUCAACGUCGCCGAGGCGCUGCACCACCUCCACGCCCAACACCCCCCCGUGGUCCACCGCGACCUCAAGCCCGAGAAUAUCCUCCUCCGGGAGCGGCCGCAGCGGUUCCAGCGCGGCGGCCGGUACCUCGGCAUCCUCACGGACUUCGGGCUCGCGCGGUUCCGGAAGGACACGCGCAUCGUGACCAAGGUCGGGGGGACUGACCGCUACAUGGCCCCGGAGUGCUUCGAGGCCGACGCGCGGACGCCCGGGAAGGGCGUGGACGAGAAGAGCGACGUGUUCUCGUUCGCGAUGGUGUGCUGGGCCAUCCUGACGGGCGCCACGCCCUUCGAGCGCCUGUUGGACCUCGACCCGAAUGCCGCGUGGGUGAUGAUCUACAAGCUCGUCUGCGAGCAGAAGAAGCGGCCGGACGAGUACGCCAAGUGGCCGAAACCCGUGCCGCCGGAGAUGGUCGCGCUGCUGCGCAAGUGCUGGGCGCACGAGAAGGCCGACCGCCCCUCGUUCUCCACCAUCGCUGGGGACUUCCUGGAGAUCUGCCGACACUACCACCUGUGCGACGCGAACGCGGACGUGGGCCGCAGCAUCGCGCACGGGGGGGGAAACCGCCGGAGCUCGAUCGGGCACCGGUAG